AUGGUCCCACAAGCAGCAGUAUUGGUGUGCUUUUCAACACUUUUAUUCACACCAGUUCUAUCAUUACCAUUGUACUCUUAUGAAGAUCUAAGCAGUCCAUCGUUCGGAUUGUAUCGAGAUGAAGGUUUCUUGCCAGUACUGGAGCCGUCAGAGUACGAUAUGGCGCCUCGCUACGAUCCGAGGGCGAAACGUAGCUUCUAUGGAUUAUUCAAGAAAUUGGAUGAGGCUUACAAGCAUCGUGGACUCAAGAAGGCUUAUCAAUGA